UUUCCCCCCACACUGUAUAACUCGCAAGUACCAUAUGCCCUUGGUCACCGUGCCCCCUCGUGCCCCACGCUCCCGCCGGCUUCAUUCAUUAGCCUCUGCUCACAACGUGCUCUGAGGUUGUCAUGCCCGCUGACUCAUAGUUGAUCAUCUGGGACCCAAUACGUGUCCUAAUCAAUCCAGCUGAGAUCAAUUUCCGAACUAUCGACUUGAUUCCGAUACAUUUGCACAGAUCAAUGUUGGGUUUCAAAAGUGUUGGAAAACCACAAUGUUGCCAUGUUCCUGUCGGGUCCGGGUCUCCUGGAUUAGCCCGGAUGCCCUGAUACGGACGAUUCUCGCUUAACAGCACUGCGUUCUCUCAUAUGGGAAGAGAAGCUAGCCGAAUGUCAUAAGAAUAUUAUUGGCACAUGAAGAAAGCGAUUAAUAUCCAUUCCUCCUUGCACCUUAACAUUUCUAUCAGCCUCCACCUUUUUUCUCUCAUUCCCUAUCCCUCUUUACAAUCUGCACUAUCAGUUCCGUGGCGCACUUUCAUGUCAUCGUCAAAACGGAGAGCGUCGCUCGGCAUUGACUUCAUAAUAGUUGGAGCUGGUAUUGCUGGCCUGGCUAGCGCGUUUAGAUUAUGCCAGGCAGGGCAUCGUGUCCGUGUUAUAGACAAAGCUUCAGGGCCAAAUCGGCGCGCUGGUGGUACACAUCUCCCACCCAAUGCUACCAAAGUUUUGGUGGAUUGGGGAUUUAAGGACGAGCUACUGAAACACGGACUAAGAACACGUGCUAGCACAUUCAUUUCAAUCGACACUGGAAAAGUCAUAGGAUGCCUCGAAUGGAAGGAAGACGUUCUUCAGGAGACAGGAGCGGACUAUUUGGUUAUACGUUAUCGUGACCUCUACGAUAUGCUGUAUCGUGCAGCUGUCAAUGCGGGUGCCCGUAUUACAUACGGUGCAACAGUCACCAAAGUGCACGCGAACCCGCCCCGCGUCGAACUUCAGGAUGGUACCGUCCUCAAAGCAGAUAUGGUCAUUGGGGCCGAUGGUCCACGUAGUACAGUCCGCGAGGCGGUUGUAGGGUGGCCAUGCGAGGAGGUGCCAGAAGGGCACAGUGCUUACGUUGCCAUUAUACCUCGGGAUGUCCUUCAAAAUGACCCUGAGCUCAGCGACCUGACGCGAUUUCAUGAAGAUAGACCCGACUACCCGAUAUGGACUGGAGACUCUAGACAUGUCAUAGCCUUCACGGUGGCAGGAGGGACUGAAUUCGCGAUCCAUGCGUUCUUGCCUGACAGCGAAGUUGACGGCAUUGGCGACCAAGAUGGUUGGGACGUGAUCGUCCCUCGGGAACGGCUCCCUUUUCAUUUUGAACCGAAAUUGCAACGCUUGCUGGAUAUACCUGCUACGUAUCAAAGGGUGCGACUUUUCCAAAGAGAAUGUGCCGAAGAAUGGACGGACGAAUCGGGAAGGCUGCUCCUGAUGGGAGAAGCCGCACAUCCGUUAUAUCCUUGCGUUCUACAAAGUUGCAGUAUGCAAAUAGAGGACGCUGAAGUGCUCGGCACCCUCUUCUCUCGGUUACGAGCCUGGGAUCAAUUACCUCACUUGACUGAAGCGUUCCAGGAGUUGCGCGAACCUCGUACGCGCGCCAUAUUUGCAAAGGAGACAAAGGCUUUUGAUACAGUAUGGGUGGCCCCUGGGCCACAACGUGAUGCGCGAGAUCAGGCCCUUCAUGGCAUGCUGGUCGAAGGGCACAAGGGCUGGGACGAGACCAAGAUGCGCUGGCAGUGGGAUGAGAUUUGCGAGGUCUUCGGCUACAAUGCGCGGGACGCAGCUGAAGACUGGUGGGUCAUGUGGGGUAUGUUGAGGGAGAGAAGUAUAACAAGGGAAGAACAUUGUCCUUCCAGUUAUACUGUGCCUUUCUGUAUGGGGGCAACCGUCACACAUUACGCAGAGCCAGUCGUCUUGCGAAACUGACCUGCGGUCACGGUUUCUAGUUGCCAGUUAUAGACAUUCUGUGACAUGCAUAUGUAGAAGAAAUGGAGGAAGAAUUAUACCCAAUCGCCGCUAUGUACUACCGUAUGAUACGUAUACCCCACUCAAGCAAAACAUCCUCUGCAUGUCA